AUGUCGAUGAUUACGGCGACGGCUUGGGUCCCUCGGGGGUUUGCUGCUCCGUUCCCUACAAAGUACACGUUCGACGAGGGAGAAUUUCAGCGAAUUGCAGAGCUUGCGAAACUCCAACUCGACGAUGCGAAUGAGGACUUGGAAGAUGCGCGGAAUGAAGGUCCUGGAUCCAAUGGCAAACAAGAUGUCGAUGGCGAAGAGGAUUCGGAUGAGGAGGAUGGCAAUAAGACGUUAAAAUCAAAAGGGGACGACGACGAUGAUCUCAAGGAGUAUGACUUGGAACAUUAUGAUGACGAUGUAGAAAUGGACCAAGAAAAGGAGGGUGAGGGUAUGGGCAUGUUUGGAAAUGUCAAAUCACUUGCAUAUUAUCAGUCCAACGCCGACGAUCCCUACAUUACUAUGCAAGGAAACGAGGAGGAUGACGAGGAUCGAGAAGAACUCCAAAUACUCGCGACAGACAACAUGCUUCUAGCGGCAAAGGUCGAGGACGAGGUGGCACAUCUCGAAAUCUAUGUUUACGAGGAUGGAGCCGAUAAUCUGUAUGUCCAUCACGAUCUCAUGCUUCCGGCAAUACCCCUCUGUGUGGAAUGGCUGGAUAUACCAGUGGGAAAGUCGAGCGUCGAGAAGGACGCGAGGGCAAACUUCGUGGCCGUCGGGACAUUUGAUCCGGAUAUUGAGAUUUGGGACCUGGACACUGUGGAUUGCAUGUAUCCCAAUGCAAUCCUAGGACAAGGAGGGGAGGGCAGCGCAGAAUCAGAAGACAAGAAGAAGAAAAAGAAGCGGAAGAAGUCGAAAAAGGCGAAUGACGACUACCAUGUCGAUGCUAUUCUUUCCCUCGCUGCCAACAGACAGCAUCGUAACCUUCUGGCAUCGUCAUCGGCGGACAAGACCAUAAAGCUGUGGGAUCUUAAUACGACGAAAUGUGCCAAGUCAUAUACGCACCACACCGACAAGGUCUGCUCUUUAGCAUGGCAUCCGAAGGAAUCGACAAUUUUACUAAGUGGAAGUUACGAUCGGACUGUUGUCGCGGCAGACAUGCGAGCACCCGAUGCCAAAGCUCCACGAUGGGGCGUUGAAAGCGACGUUGAGUCAGUCCGAUGGGACCCCCAUGACCCAAAUUACUUCUACGUCUCCACCGAGAAGGGCAUCAUCCACUUCCACGACAUACGUAAUGCCCCCGCAGAUCCAGCAGCGAGUAAACCCGUCUGGAUCCUGCAAGCACAUGACGAGUCUGUCUCCGCGUUUGAUAUAAAUCCAGUAAUCCCGGGAUUCAUGGCUACAGGGUCGACGGAUAAGCAGGUCAAGCUUUGGAAUAUCCAGCCAUCCGGACCAACGAUGGUGGUUACUCGCAAUCUCGAUAUUGGAAAGGUAUUCUCAACUGUUUUUGCGCCAGACGAGGAGGUCGGCUUUAGGCUAUCGGUAGCAGGCAGCAAAGGUGUAGUGCAGGUUUGGGAUACAUCGACCAACCCGGCCGUUAGAAGAGCAUUUGCAGAUAGAGUGGCGCCAGUGGAAGGCGAGAUUAAGGAAAAGUUGGUGGGUGUUCAAAACGAUAGUAGCGAGUCCGAGGAUGAAAGUGAAGCCGAGGAGGGCGGUGCGAAAACUGGAGAGGGCUGGGAGUCUAUGGAAGAGGAUUGA